AUGAUUGAAAGGGGUGGACAGGCAGGAGAGCAAAGAGCUAGAUGAUGCUGGACGUCCUCCAGCCAGGAAAUGAGGAGAGGAGCUGGUACACCUGUGCACGACUGAAGGGGAGGAGCCUAUACACCUGUGCAAGACUGGAGGGGAGGAGCCAGUACACCUGUGCAAGACGGAAAGGGGAGGAGCCGGUACACCUGUGCAUGGCUGAAGGGGAGGAGCCAAUACACCUGUGCAAGACUGGAGGGGAGGAGCCAGUACACCUGUGCAAGACGGAAAGGGGAGGGGCCAGUACACCUGUGCAAGAUGGAAGGGGAGGAGCCGGUACAUCUGUGCAAGACUGAACGGUAGGAGCCGGUACAUCUGUGAAAGACUGAAGGGGAGGAGCCGGUACACCUGUGCAAGAUGGAAGGGGAGGAGCUGCUACACCUGUGCAAGAUGGAAGGGGAGGAGCCACUAC